UUUCUUUUUCUAUUUAUUCAUACCCUUUAUUUAUAGUUUAUAAAGAUCCUCCUUUCCUUUCCUUAUAUUCAUCUACGUAAAAAAAAAAACUAUAUAUACACAUACAACAUCAUGGGCGCAAAUCUAUCAAAAGCUUUAUCAAAAAUGUUUGGCAGCAAGGAAAUGCGUAUUCUUAUGCUCGGUUUGGACGCAGCUGGAAAAACAACUAUUUUAUACAAAUUGAAAUUGAAUCAAUCAGUCACUACUAUUCCAACUGUUGGUUUUAAUGUCGAGUCUGUCACUUAUAAAAAUGUCAAGUUCAAUGUUUGGGAUGUUGGAGGGCAAGACAAGAUUCGUAAUUUAUGGAGACAUUAUUAUACAGGCACUCAGGGCCUGAUAUUUGUCAUUGAUUCUCAAGAUAGAGAUCGUAUUGAUGAAGCACGUCAAGAAUUACAUCGUAUUUUAUCAGAUAGAGAAAUGAAAGACUGUCUCUUGUUGGUAUUUGCCAAUAAGCAAGAUUUACCAAAUGCCAUGUCGCCUCAAGAAGUUACAGAGAAAUUAGGUUUAAACAAGAUGAAAGAGAGACCUUGGUAUGUUUAUCCUUCAUGCGCUACAACUGGUGAGGGCUUAUUUCAAGGUUUGAAUUGGUUGAGUCAAAACGUAAAGGCAAAGUAGAAAAAAAACUUUUUAUACGCAAAAAUUUCUUGACAUCACUACUAUUAAUUUUAUAAUGUUUCUCUCCUUUUACUACUACAACAACAACAACAACAACAACAACAAC